GGACAACUCCGCGGAAGUGGGAGCGGGUACCUGUCAAAUUCAGGUCCGUCCGCAGUCUUGGUCAUCCCCUGCACUGUCUGCAGUCUCUCGUCAUCUGUACUAUGUCCACAGACUGUGGUCAUUCCCUGUACUAUGUCUGCAGUCUCUGGUCAUCCCCUGUACUGUGUCCGCAGUCUCUGGUCAUCCCCUGUACUAUGUCUGCAGUCUCUGGUCAUUCCCUAUACUGUCCGCAGUCUUUGGUCAUCUCCUGUACUAUGUCCGCAAUCUCUGGUCAUCUCCUGUAAUAUGUCCGCAGUCUCUGGUCAUCUCCUGUACUGUGUCCGCAGUCUCUGGUCAUCUCCUGUACUGUGUCUGCAGUCUCUGGUCAUCCCCUGUACUAUGUCCGCAGUCUCUGGUCAUCCCCUGUACUAUGUCCGCAGUCUCUGGUCAUCUCCUGUACGGUGUCCGCAGUCUCUGGUCAUCUCCUGUACUGUGUCUGCAGUCUCUGGUCAUCUCCUGUACUGUGUCCGCAGUCUCUGGUCAUCUCCUGUACUGUCAGCAGUCUCUGGUCAUCUCCUG